AGUUAGCGUGGGGAGACCGGGUAAACACAAGAGUGCAAUACUUGGACUUGCUUUCAUCUCGACAGUCUUAAUCCAGCCUUUAGCCGAACCAGUUCAGGAAAAAUCGUGUUUAUCUCCAGUGUUACAUCGUGUGCCGUUCCUAAGUUCUGAUCAGAUCGAAGAGAGAAGACAAUAUUGCUAGCAAAAUAUUUUAAUAUUUUAUAUAGUUUUUAUAUAUUUUUACAUCGACGAAUAAAAAUCAGAAAACGUAAAGAUAAUCUCGGGUAACUUUUAAUUAAAUAAUUAUUUAUUAAUUAGUUGCUGAUAAAAUUAUCAUACGACAAAUUUGUUUACUCAUUUCAAUAUUUAUAUCUUGAAAGUUAUUUUAUUACGUUACUAAAUCUUUUCUGAAAGAAGAAAACGUAAAGCAUUGAAAGAGAGUAAAAGAAAACAAUGCCGAGUAGUAAGACGAGAAUCGCUAUUAUCGGUGGUGGAGUGGCCGGUUUGGUGGUGGCCCGUCAUAUGGUGUCCAGAUUAGAUAUUUACAGUCUAAUGCUGUUCGAACAAACUGACCAUAUCGGUGGUACAUGGGUGUACACUGACGAAACGCAUCUCGAUAAGCACGGACUUUUGAUUCACAGCAGCAUGUAUAAGAAUCUUAGGACAAAUAUACCGAAGGAAAUAAUGCAGAUACCUGAUUUUCCCUUUAAAAAUCAGGGGGGUCCAUCUUUUGCUCAUCAUAGUCUAAUAAGGGAAUAUCUUUUGGACUAUGCAAAACAGUUCAAUCUCUAUCCUUACAUUAAAUUGAAUACCCUGGUGAAAAACGUGGAGCCGGAGAUUUUGAAAAACGGCCAGACGCUGUGGACGGUGACAUACAAGGAUUUGGAAUCCAAAGUAGAGACCACUAAAACUUUUGAUGCCGUUGUGUUGUGCAACGGUCAUUACACUAUCGGUCAUGUUCCGCAUACUCCAGGUAUCGAAAGCUUCCACGGUGAAUGCAUUCACAGUCAUCAAUACAGAAUGCCGGAGAUAUAUGCUGGCAAAAAGGUCUGCAUACUCGGCGCGUCCUGGUCCGGUAUUGAUAUCGCAAUGGAAGUCUCACAAUACGCUGACAAAGUGUAUUUAAGUCAUAAUUGGACGGAACAUUUUAACUCGAAGAUGUCGAGCAACGUCGAGCAAAGACCCAAUAUCGAAUCCAUCCAAGGAAACGUCUUCAUCUUCCGCGAUGGCUCCUCGGCGGAAGUGGACAGUUUCAUAUAUUGCACUGGUUACAAAUUCACGUAUCCCUUUAUGUCAACUAAAGUUGAGAUACGUACGGAUGAUAACCACGUGGAACCCAUCUACAAACAUCUGGUGCACAUGGAUUACACGAGUCUGUUCUUCAUGGGUUUACCAGCGAUCGUGGUACCAUUCCCAAUGUUCCACAUUCAAGCACAAUACAUUCUCGCAGUUCUCGAAGGCCGUAUUCAAUUGCCAUCGCCGCAAAGAAUGCGCGAGGAAUACGAGAUCGAGAAGAAGUCACUAUUGGAGCAAGGCAUUCAGCUGAGACAUAUCAAUAAACUCAAAGACAGGCAAUGGGCUUACUACGACGAGAUCGCGGCCGCUGCCAAUGUGCCGAGUUUUCCACCGGUGAUCAGGAAAAUCUUCGAUCACGUUAGCGAUAUGCGUGACAUAAACUUCACUACUUACAAAAAUUAUCAAUAUUGCAUCAUCGACAAUGAGAACUUCAGCGUGUCUUACUGUAAACCUUGUUAGGGUCUACGUAAAAGAAAAAAAAAAAAGGAAAAUGAAUGUAAU